CAGAUUCCCAUAAGCAUCCGAGUACAAUCAUUUGUGCAAAAACUCGGAUUGAUUGAUAAUAAUUCCAAUAAAGCUAAAUAUAUUUAAAUUCCUGAUACUCGACUAAUUUCCGUUUUUUAAAACUGAAUAUUUAAUAACAACAACUACAAAAAAUGGGGAACGUUUUCGCAAAUCUGUUUAAGGGACUCUUCGGUAAAAAGGAAAUGAGAAUAUUAAUGGUCGGUUUAGAUGCCGCUGGUAAAACCACAAUUUUGUACAAACUCAAAUUAGGUGAAAUUGUUACAACGAUACCUACCAUUGGUUUCAAUGUCGAGACUGUAGAAUACAAGAAUAUUAGCUUUACAGUGUGGGAUGUGGGCGGUCAAGACAAAAUUCGUCCAUUAUGGAGACAUUACUUCCAAAAUACACAAGGUCUAAUAUUUGUCGUUGAUAGCAAUGACAGAGAGCGUAUCGGUGAAGCGAGGGAAGAAUUGAUGCGUAUGUUAGCUGAAGAUGAACUCAGAGAUGCUGUUUUACUCAUUUUUGCUAACAAACAGGAUCUGCCAAAUGCUAUGAAUGCGGCUGAAAUUACUGAUAAACUUGGUCUACAUUCGCUAAGAAAUCGCAACUGGUAUAUUCAAGCGACGUGUGCAACUAGCGGCGAUGGUCUCUACGAAGGUCUGGACUGGUUAUCCAAUCAACUUAAGAACGCCAACCGUUAAGAAAAAUGAACUUUUGAUUUUAAAUAUAAAGUAAAUUUAAUGAAAUUUUCAAUAAAAUGAAACAACAAAUAAACCACAAACACAAAAGUACAUUUAAAUUCAAUUUCGGUUUUGAGAGAAUUAAGAGAAAAAAAAUACAAAAACAACAUAUGAAAAUCGUCGCUCUAAAAACAACAACAACAAAAUUUCAAAUAAAUUAUAAUAUAAAUUUAUUAAAAUCAUAAAUAAUAAUACCGCUGAUACAAGAAAAGGAAAUUUUUAAACUUAUAUAUAAUAUAUAUUGUAUGUUAAAGUAAAAAAGGUAAAAAUGCUAUAAUUAUCGAUCCAAGUUUUUCUAAGUAUAUAUAUAUUUUAUCUCUUUAUUUUAAUAUUUGUAAUUUCUACAUAAAAAUAUAUUUUUACUUUUUCGUUUAUAAGAACAAGAACAACAACAACAAACCUAAAUAAUGUAACAAACGAGAGAAUAUAAAACAAAAAUUCGAAAUUUUUGAUAACAGACAGUAAAUAUAAUAAUAUAUUCUAAACAACAAAAGAAAAAACAAAAAUAGCCUAUAAUCAAGCGGACAUUAUAGGAUUAUUAUAUAUAGUAAAGUAUAUGUAUCUUAAUGCUAAAUUAGUAAGGAAGGUUAAUUUCUUUAAAAUACAUUUAAUUAAAUAUUCGAUGUUGUCUUACUUAACGUACUACAUUAUUUGCUAUAUUUCAUUCAAUAUAUUUUAUCUUAAUUUGCUGUUCGCCUGGGUAAUUGUACUUUUUGUGCAUAAACAUUUAAAAACAAAAAAGAACUUAUAAUUAAUUUAAUGGUUUUAAUUUGAAUUAUUUAACUUCAUACGUGUUUAAGCAGUUUAUAUAUAAAAAGAAAUUCCUCUUAUAUAAAAUAAAGUAAAAUAUAAAAGUAAAAAACUCAUUUAAUAUUAAUUUCAAUAUAUAAAACAAAAAGGCACCGCAAUUUAUAGCAUAUGAUGAUGUAAUAUAUUUAAAAAAAAUCAUGUAAAAAAAGAAAAUUGCAUAAAAUUAAUAAAAAAUUGCGUAAAAAAUUGAAAAA